CUGCUGUAGUCUGCAGACAGACAGGCAGUCGGCGGAUCCGUGGAAGUAUCCCAGCAGCCAGAGCCCAGGGGCGGCCGGUGGGAGGAGGCAGAGAGUCCGCAGCUGCCGCACCGCACAGCCUCUUUGACAGCAGCAGGAGGAAGGAACCGCCCGCACCAGUCCAUGUCUACGGAGCUGUCUGAAGACCGGGAGCUCGGCGGGUUAGAGGAGCAGGCAGCAGACGGACAGACCAGACUGUCAGACAUCUGCAGUGGCACAGCGGGCAGCAGCAUGGCGUCCAUACCGGAAUUCUACGCCGGCAAGAACGUGCUGAUCACGGGAGCCACGGGCUUCAUGGGGAAGGUGCUGGUGGAGAAGCUGCUGCGGUCCUGCCCCGAGGUCAAAGCCCUCUACCUGCUGGUCAGACCUAAAGCUGGGCAGUCCAUGCAGCAGAGGGUCAGUGACAUGAUGACGUGCAAGCUUUUCGACCGAGUGCGGGAGGACAACCCCGACUUCCACCAGAAGAUCAUCCCCAUCAGCAGCGAGCUGACGCAGCCCGGCCUCGCCAUCAGCCCAGAGGAUGUUGAGAAGCUCUCCGCCUGCAUCAACAUCGUCUUCCAUUGCGCCGCCACCAUCCGGUUUGACGAGCCACUCAAACACGCCCUGCAGCUGAAUGUGAUCGCCACGCAGCAGCUCCUCAGCUUGGCCCAGCAGAUGCACCACCUCGAGGCCUUCGUUCACAUCUCCACCGCCUAUGCAAACUGCAACCGCAAGCACAUCGACGAGGUCAUCUACCCGCCGCCCGUGGAGCCCAAGAAGCUCAUCGAGUCUCUGGAGUGGAUGGAUGACGGCAUCGUGCGCGACAUCACGCCGCGGCUCAUCGGCGACAGGCCCAACACGUACACCUACACCAAAGCCCUGGCCGAGUACGUGGUGCAGCAGGAACAAGACAAGCUCAACAUCGCCAUCAUCAGACCCUCCAUAGUGGGCGCCAGCUGGCAGGAGCCGUUCCCUGGUUGGAUCGACAACUUCAACGGGCCAAGUGGAGUCUUUAUAGCUGCUGGAAAGGGGAUCUUGCGCACCAUGAGAGCCAACAACGACGCGGUGGCUGACCUGAUCCCCGUGGACGUGGUCAUCAACCUCACCCUGGCUGCUGGCUGGUACACUGCUGUGCACAGACCUAAAGCAGCUCUGGUGUACAACUGCACGACCGGCGGCAUCAACCCGUUCCACUGGGGAGAGAUUGAGCACCACGUGAUGUCAUCCUUCAAGAGGAACCCACUGGAGCAGGCUUUCCGCAGGCCCAACGCCAACAUCACCUCCAACUACCUGAUCAACCAGUACUGGAUCCUGGUCAGCCACAAGUUCCCCGCCCUCAUCUACGACCUCAUCCUGCGUCUCUCUGGACAGAAGCCGCAGAUGAUGCGCAUCUUCAAUCGUCUGCACAAGGCCAUCAGCCUGCUGGAGUACUUCAGCAGCCAGGACUGGGAGUGGAACUCUGAGAACCUGACCAUGCUGAUGAGCCAGCUGACACCUGAGGACAGGAAGACAUUUAACUUCGAUGUACGCCAGCUGAACUGGCCCGAGUACAUCGAGAACUACUGCAUCGGCACCAAGAAGUACGUCCUGAAUGAAGACAUGUCCGACAUUCCUGCUGCCAGGCAGCAUCUGAGGAAACUGAGGAACAUCCGCUACACCUUCAACACCCUGCUGGUGGUUUUCAUCUGGAGGGUGUUUAUCGCCCGCUCCCAGAUGGCCAGAAACAUCUGGUACUUUGUGGUCAGCCUCUGUUUCAAGUUCCUCUCCUACUUCCGCGCGUCCAGCACCAUAACCAACUGAGUCUUCCUGGCCGCCUCAAACCAGAGACAGCAGCCCUCGCCUUUUAGCUGUCAGCAGGACGUAACAUCUGAGACUCUGACCAUCCACAAAGGACGCUCUAAACCCUCCUCUCGGUGUGGAUUAGCUGGGGGCUCUCUACAGGUGGGAGGCUGCAGUUGUGUGAAGCACUCAGAGGGAAGAAAAGAGGUCUACUAGCCAUGAAUUAUUUGUUUAGUUUGGGAAAUCUGUCAUCAGUACCUGCACUGUCCAGUCACCAGACCCCGUCCAAACAAAAACAAAACAAGUGUUGUCAUUCAUUUUGUACCUUCCAUUUUCUUCUCAAAGUGGCCAAUUAUAUAUGCAACAAUAAGCCUUCUGUGUGACCUCCAUUUUCUUUUUCCACGCCAUCGUUUCCAUUCUCUUGAAUCUACAUUGCCUUGCCUUGUGAUGAUUUUUUUUCAUACUUGAAAUACGGCAGUGCUUCACUGGAGGACGAUUUAUAUAAGAUUAUUUUGGUUCUCUGUUUUUUACCGUGGGGGUAUCCACUUCCUCUCUUUAAUACGCAGGUGAUUUGGAUAUCUGUCUGUCUUGCAUUACGUGUUAUCUACUGCCUUUUUAAGAUUACACCCAAAAACUAACUGCUGGUUAUCUGUCUCAAGGCCAAUCCUCACACUGAGACUCGUAAAAAGCUAAAUUCUGACCACUCAAGACAACAGUAUCACUACAUAUUUACCGAAAUGUACGGAUCUGCCACCUUUCCUGCCGUCGAGGUUAUCACUUACUCACUAUCACGAACGAUAGUGUCAGUAUGUCGUUGAACAUGAACCUUGUUUGUUUGAAUGCUCAUCCACUUUUUGCCUGUUUGUACAGCAGUUUGUACUGAAACUAAGUUUACUACUUUUACAUCUUUAUACUUGCGUCAAAGGCUAGUCUGAUAUACGUGGUAGACCUUGGCAGUGUAUUAUAUAUAAAUAAGAGUACAUCAGAGUCAAGUUUAUUUGUAUAGCCCAGUAUCACAUACUGUACAAUGUCUCCAAACAGUUCCCAAUCACCUUUUAUAAGAAGACAAACUCCCCCAGAAACUCCAAAAGGCACUUCAAAAAGGGACCACCCCCUCUCCAGAGAUGACGGGGGGAUGGAAAAGGAGCCAUAGGUCAAAAUAUUCCAAAUGAAUAUUAAGUUAAAAUAGUUGGACACACCAGAAACACAACCCUGUCUGCUAGAAAUUACAUUUGUAUGUUAUUAACUGCUUUCUUAACAACGUUGUGGCAACGUAAUCACUGCCUGCGUUAUAUUCAGAGACAACGUUUCUUUGAGGUAACGUAGAUAGGUAGGUUUGUGUCCAGACUUCUAUCUUAGGCUUAGGCAACAAAAGCACUCUGGCUAAGGUCAGGAAAAGAUGGUGAUUGCAGUUUAAUGUUAAUAAAAAUUGAAUUGAAUGCUGCAGUUACUACGACUGAGAGAACACAUUGUCAGUAAACCCUUUGCUGAUAUGUUCAGUAACAUUUUUGCGUCUUGCCAGGUACGUUAACUCGCAACAUUUGCUUAUGCUAAUAGAAAAAGACAUUUUCUCAGCAUUAUAUUUCCCUUAAAAGGUGCUUUAUUUAAAUUUGUUGUAUAUAAAUGUAAUUUUUAGGAGAUGGGGAUGAAAUGAAACGAUUGGAUUCUAAACGGUCCAAUGCUAAUAUAGUAAAUCCAAAUAAAAAUCCAAUCAGUUGUUCAAAUGUCCAAGAUUGUAGGUAUGUGAGGUUGGGGGACCAAGCUUGUGGAGUAGUAGAAGUAGUUUGGUAGACCAGGGGGUGGGGUCACUUGAAAGAUGGAGGAGACCAAGCCCCAGUCUGUGCCUGUUACAUUUGAGUCACGGUGGUAACCCAGGAGAUUGUUUAACAACCUUUUUCUGAGGGUAUUUCCAGAAACCUCAACAACUCAAACCAUCCGGAUGAACAAAUAUUCCAACUGCUGCAAAUAAGAAAAGAUAAAGUAAUGUUUCCCAAUACAAACAAAGAUGGCAGCCUGCUGGUCACCUGGGUAAGAAACGACUUACGACUCUGGGAAAUGGGUCUAAAAUCUGUUUUAUUGUGCAGCAGAGAGAAGGUGUUUUCAUUCAUAUGGUUAGAGAAGUUCUUGAGGUUUCCAGAAAUGCCUUCAGAACAGCAGUUAGUAAGAUGGAACUUGAUUAGAUUUCAUUGAUACCAAUUCCAUUAUCGAUUCUGCCUUUUGGUCCGAUUAUCGAUUUCCUUACUGACUUGUAAUGGACGUGCUGCUCGGUUGAGGAGCAGUGGCACUUGAGCAUAGAGUGACACUUACAUGGCAUUCCUGGAAUUCAAGCCCACGUUAUGUAGAAAGAUAUCUCAGCAUAUUGCUGCUGCUUCCUUACUUAAAAUUAAUACAAGUACAAACAGCACUGUUGUCAUCUUGUUCUAAAAAAUGAAGCCACACUUUGACCGUUUCUUCUUCUUCGCCAUGACCCUUUCUUGUUGCAAGUUUCCAGCAGUGUAGACGUUUGAGUUUAACGUAAAAAAAAAAAAACCUGCUGGCAUUGAUAAAAGGAAUUAAUAAACUCAGAGGUUGAUGAAUGGGAUAAUUUGGAACUGGUUCUCAAUUCCCAUCUCUAACAAAAAGUUUAGUAAAAUGUGGGUUUUUAAAACAUCACAGAGUCUGUUUCAUGAGAGAAACUGAUGGCUACUGCUGCUACUCAAAUGUAAUUCUAAUACAUGAGGCACAAACUGGGGCUAGAAGGAGCCAUCAGAGCACCCUGCAGAUAACAGCAGGCAGUGCUGAAGGAAACAACCAAACUUGAAGUGUUUGCCAUGUAGGGUUGCAACAAUAUGAGAUUUUCAUGGUACCAUAACCAUCUCAGAAAAUAUCACGGUAUUACAGAAUUAAUAUUAUUAUUUGUAAGAAUGCCCUUAAAGGAAUAAAAUUGGAAGGAUUAUUUUUGGUUGAACAAACAUUUUAUUACUAUAACUGAAACCAUUUUGAUAAUGGAAGUACGUGUAAAAAGUCUCCCCUUUUUAAAUAACUAACAUAAAGGGGAAAUGCUUUUUUUCCCCCAAUAUUGCAGAUAACUGUCAUUUCUAAUAUCAUUGUAUACCUUGAAACUGGUAUAUCGCUGCAACCCUAAUGCCAUGUUAAGGUGAAGGCAGUAUUGACUUAAGGUUUCUAUUAGUUCUUGAGGCAGGCCUCAGGAUACUGAAGAGGUCAUGAGGUCUGUUAAAUAUGUCUAAGAAAGAUUAUCUAUUGAGGAAGACCAUAAAAAUGGGCCCCAAAGAAGUCAAAGCAGCAAGGCUACUGUGGAGAUUUCUAUACUCUUUCCAAUUAAACUAGAAAAAGACAACUUAAGCGUCAUCUAUAUGUAAAGAAAAGGCUUUUUCAAACAGCUAGUAAACAGGAAAGAGCUUGGAGCAAUCAUUACACUUCAUUGCAAUAUAGAAUUGAGUGUCAUCUGCAUAAGUGCGAAGAUUCAUGCUGGCGAACAGAAGAAUAUUGUGAAAAGUAGUGGACCAAGUAUGGAGCCUUGAGGUUCGCCAUACCUUACCUGACGGAGAGAUGGACUACUAUUUUUAAGCAAGACAAACUGUGACCUACUUUAUGUUAGUCUGGACCUAACUCACAAAAGUGCUAGGUUAAACACAAGGGAUUUAAGUCCCUCCCUGUAUCACACCCUCGACCCCAGUUUGGAAGAUCUGUAAAUAGUUAAACUACAUAUUAUUCUUAUAGACUACCAAAAACUGUAUUUGACUGUUGAUUUUUGCUUGGUGAGCAUCUUCACAGGAUUCCACCACAGAGCUUCCCACUGAGUCUACCAAAAGUGUUAAAGGUGUGACAGGCAAGUCUGAUUUUUACUAAACAAAUGAGAAAACUGUGUACAGUAUUGUAUGUGUUGCGAGGCUUGACUCUUUGACAGAAUACAAAUACAUAACAGUUAUGAAUCUAUAUGGGAGAAAAAGGGACACAAUUAAAUAAAUGUUUAUGCAAAGCCCAUGUCUGUGGUGUAAUCAUGGUAACUGUCCUCCUGAUUUCAGAGGGGGAUGAUGAACCAAAUGUCUGCAGUCGCAUAGGCCUGUAUGUUGAAAUGGUGUCAUCAGAAUUGUUCUUGCAGAGUUAUUGUAAUGAUGUCGUUACAGAGUUUUGCUCUUCUGUAUGUGUGUUUCACGACAAAGUGCUGUCUUUGCUGUUGGGAAAACCAAAUGCAGAGCUCUGUUGGUACAGGAAACCGCAGGUUGGAGCUACUGUUACUGUAUGUACGAACAACAGCAACACGUAACCAAUGACUUCAUCUUACUACUUUCUGGUGUCAUUUACAACAUGUUUGACCACCUUUAUUCCCUGCUCUGACAACACUUCAUUCAAAGUCUGCUUGGCAAAACUGAAAUAAACUAGAAGAGAAAAAC